CGUUUACGGACUCAAUGGAAAGAUUAUUCGCACACGAAAAUGCACAAUUCGCUACAAUCUGACACCACGCGAAUUCUUGCUCGACGAAAAUGAGAUCAGCGAUCUCUUCGCUCGGACUUUGGAAAAGAUCCAUCGAUUGGUGAUAUCCCAGAUCACAGAGGUGAACGAAAGGUUUCGAAGGAGCGCUAUCAAUGUAAGCACUGCCUCGGGCGCUUUCUGAUUGCUCAGAUGGGAUUGAAGCUGAUACCGAAGUCGUUCAUACAGAAAGUCGUCAUGGUAGGUGGGCUCAGCGCCUCGCCCUAUCUUCAGAUGAAAUUGAAGCAAAUCCUGGAUGAGACUCCGGGAAGCAUCACCAUGAUAGUACCUCCCCAACCCGAACUAGCUGUUUCUCGUGGAGCGGCGGCUUGCGGGCUCCGAGGGCACAUUGCCCCAGAGUCCACAUGCCGGCGACACAUCGGUCUGGAACGAGCCCACCCUGCAAGGGCCAGACUGGGAAGCAUGGGACCAUCGGACCCGGAAGUAUGCUGGAUGAUUAGAAAGGGCGACCGGUUGUCGACCGAUUUCUAUGUCACUUCAAUCAUCCAACUGCCCUACCAGCCAAUGUGGCCGCCUGCCACGACCCUUCGUAUAUACGAUUGUGAUCUUGAUGCAGCACCCGAUCAAGCAAGUUGUCCAGGGGUCCGUUGUGUGGGCCAAUUCGUCUGCAACCUCGGCGACAUAGACCUCAGCAAGCUUGUAUUCGAGGCCGUUGGAGGACAGGGACUAUAUCAUCUUCAGAUCCGGGUCCAUGCAGCGCUGACUAUGACCGAUGGGGCUGUGGAGUUCACCGCAUAUGCACUGGGGCAACAGAUUGGACAGACGAAGGUGGUGUAAGAAGAAAGUGGGGGGAUCCACCCAGUCACGUGGACAGGCAGCCAGGCCCCCGUAGAAGUGAUGCCUGAGGCGGUCAGGCCGGUGGGGUCAAGGCCGUCACGAUCCCGGCAU